AGUCAGUUGAACACAUUGAUUGUUUGAUGAUCUGGAGUUUUCGGAGAGUUUUGUAAAAAGGCGUACAGAGUCGCGUUUAAGUUUUCAAGAGGGUCUUCACAAAUUGUACAAGCAAAGAGUUACAGUCGACAUAUACUCAUAAAAUGCAGUCAUUCCAGUCCGUGCCAGAACCAACCAAAUUGAAUAAGUCAACGUUUCUCUUGACGUGCUCCAUUAUCAAUAUUUUUCUUUUCCCGAUAUGUGUUGGCCUAGAGAUUGCGCAUCCGUUCGUCUACCAAGGAUUAUGGGGAUCAAGCACGUUUUUCAUAGCCGGAUUAGUCGGCUUCAGCGCUUCAUACACACCGAAAAGAUCUCUACUCUUUGCGACCCUGGUUUUUUCUUCCAUAUCUAUAGUUUUUACUACAGUUUCUUGCAUAUUAUCUGGAUUUGGCUAUUUUAUUGGCUACCGGGACUGCAUUUACGUUUGGAAUUCUGACAGCUAUUACUACGGUGAAUAUGUUUGUGGUGGACAUUACUACUCGGAAACCCAGAUGGUCUUGUUGGUUGCCGAAUUCCUUGCUGGGAUCAACAAUCUUAUUAUCACGAUUUGGUGUAGUUUACAAAUCUGCAAUUGUUGCAAGCGAGUUGACUCGUCAAUUCCUAUUGUAGUUCACAAUUCGCAGCAACCGACGCCAGUGUGGAUCAUUUCACCAACUGGGCAGCAGCAACAAUUGCAGAGUUCCUACUCAACAGUAGUCUACUCGCCACCUCAACAGCAACCAUCAAUGCAACAAGAGCAGCAUCAAGCCGAAUAUCACACAACCCAAACCGAUCCAGCAGCUCCUCCGCCACCUUAUUCGACUGUGGAUACAUUGGAACCGGAGCAGAAAAAAGAAAACGUCUGAUUGCGCAAUUAGUACUGCAAAUAAAAAUCGAUACUUAAUUUAAAAUAAUACAUAAUUAAAAUUAAUACUUUUGCUUAAUAAAAGAGCCUGACAAAUUAAUUGGAAUUAGAUUAAGAAAAAAACCAUUCAAUCAAACAAAGUAAAUUUUUUUUAAAAAAGCUUCGUUUCCAUCAAUUGGCAAUGUUGCUUAUGAAAAUUUGAAAAAUAUAUUCAGAUUUUCAGAUUGUCGGUGUUUCUGUCAGACUGCUAUUACGGUUAUUGUUGAGUUGAGUGUUUCGAACACAUUUAAACGAAAAUCGUUAUCGAUUUUUCUUUUACUAGGUAUUUGUUAUUCAAAUAGAAAUACACAGAAAUGUUUACUGUAGAGAGAAAUCUCCGAGGGCACCAUGGAGCAAUUACUUCUUUGGCAUUUAGUCCAAACAUGAAACAGUUGAUUUCUUGUAGCACAGACAAGUCUAUUAUUUUAUGGGGACUUCAACAAAAGAUGAAAGCUUUCAGGUUUACUGGGCACAGUUCUUCUGUAAAUGAUGUGUGCUUUGCACCAGCUGGAAAUUUGAUGGCAUCGUGCAGCCUUGAUGGAUCAUUGGCUGUCUGGAUUCCGAAUAUCACUGGAGAGAGUACAUUUUGGAAAGGUCAUCAAGCUGCUGCACGUUCUGUUGCCUUUACUCCAGAUGGGAGACAAAUUUUGUCAGCGUCUGAUGAUAAGACUAUAAAACUGUGGAAUGUUCACAAGUCCAAGUUUGUAGCUUCUUUCAAUAGUCACACAAAUUGGGUUCGUUGUACUCGGCCAUCUCCGGACGGAAAUCAGAUGGUUUCGUGUGCAGAUGAUCGUACCAUUAAGUUGUGGGAUUUAAAAAGUGGUGAUUGCAUUCACACCUUUUAUGAACCUAAGGCUCAAGGCAAUUAUGUGGAAUUCCAUCCAAGUGGAACAUGCAUUGGUACGGCACUCGCUAACGGGGUAGUGAAAAUUUAUGAAACUCGUAUGCGAAAGGUGCUCCAACUUUACGAAAUCCACAAUGGCCCAGUGCAUUGCUUAUCAUUCCAUCCAUCCUCUGGCAACUAUCUAAUUACUGGCUCACAAGAAGGAACACUAAAAGUCCUUGAUCUGAUGGAAGGUCGACCGAGUUAUACUCUUUAUGGUCCCAAAGGCGCGGUACAUUCAGUAAAAUUCAGUCCAGAUGGUGACUAUUUCGCCACAGGGGGAGCUGACAAUGAAAUUCUUGUCUGGAAAGCUAAUUUUGUCCAAGUACCUGAUGCAGCUGAUGUCAGCAGCAAUAAUAAAGCAUCUGUAAAAACUAAAAUUCGUCCGUCUAUUGCCCCUGGAUUGCAAGGUGUUGAUGUUAAAAAAAUUGUGGCCUCCUCUGUGACUGAAGAUCGGCAGGACAUUGAAGACGCAAGUGUCAAUUCUAAAAGGUCCUCCAGCACUGAAGAGGUUGAUCUAAGCAAGAAAACUAUGGAGAUGCAAAUUUCUCAGCCACUUGAACAAACAGGAAAUGAAAACAAAACGGAAAGGGAGAAGCGUCUAGAAAUGAUCAUACAUGAUUUAGUUUCGCAAGUUGAUGUCUUAACAAAUACGCUGCUAGCUCUGGAACAACGCGUUACGUUCAUCGAAGAUCAACAAAAAGAAAAUCUUGGGCCCGGAACUUCGUACCUUGGCGAAAAACUCAGCAAUGUAAGCCCGCCCCUGUAAACACAAUAUUUUCAAAUGGCUUCAAAUUGCAGUGCAUUCCAUCUUUUCUAAUAAAUUCUUUAUUAAAAAUGUCCUUUGUUACUCUGUACCAUCUUUUGUACCCUUUUUUAAAAAAUCUCUUCAUUAAUCCUUUGGACCACAUGUAAAAAUACAACGAAUUUGAAAAAAAAAAGAAUAUUUAUCGAAAA